AUGAGAGGCCCUCUGUCAUUAUCCGCUUUCGUUCUCCUUUCUGUCUUUGCAGUGUCAUUUUGCAAAGAUAAUCAGGAUACAGGCAGUGAAACUAUUGUGAGAGCCCGUCUAGAGGUGAAGGCUUUCAUUUCAGAGCUUUUGCCUUUCCACCAUGAUGUGAACAUUAAGUACAUUCCUGGUAAAGACCCAACCAUGGUGUUCUUAAAUGCUGACAACAAGGUGGUGCUGGAGGAAGAUGUUUCAGAAAUGAAGACAGAAGAAAUAUCCCAACUUUUAGAGAAGCACGGAUUGCCUAAGUCAGCAGAAGCCAGGAGUGAAGUUCCCGAGGAGCCCGAUGAGCCAGAGGAACCAGAAGAGCCGGAAGAGCCAGAAGAAGAGGAGCCAGAAGAUGACGAAAGUGAAGAAUUUGAUGAAGAGGAAGAUGAGGGAGAUGAUACUUUAGACCAUACUGAACUUUAGAUUCUUUUUCUUCUAAUAUCUAUGAGCAGGAUAAUUUGGGUAGAGUGUAGGUUUUUCAAGUGGCCGUACAUGUUCACAUAAAUUCAUUUCCUUGUAUUUUACAGGCAAAAAAAAUUAAUAUAAAAUUUACAAAUUUGUGUUUCUAGACUAUAUCUUUCAUAUUUCUUUAGUAUAAUUUACAGCACAAAUUGUCAGUAAUGUAGAGAAGACAAAGUGUUUGGUAUGACAGCUUUCGCGUCACCCCAGACUGUGAAGGUGUUUAAGAGAACAUGACACAGUUGUGGAUAAAUUAAGUUUUAAUUUCACAACUGUUGAGAAACACUCUUGCUACUUUAUGAGAAUGGGUUCUUGCCAUGGAAGUUGUUUCAAUGCUUUGUAACUGAAAGAAUAAAAUGAUUUGAAACAAAAAUGAA